UAUAUUUAGUCUUUAUUGCUCGUUUCUUCUUCUUCUUCCUCAAUUGUAACUGCCUAGUCUUCUCUCCAAAUUUAUAUAACUGCCGCUACGGAUAAUUUUCUCAUAUCCCACUUGAGUAAUAUCAAAUCUACACUCUUUCUUCUGCAGAUCAUAUCAGGUUGAUUUUGUUGAAGCAGAUAUUGUCUGUGAGAAAAGAGAAUGUGCUGAAAAUACUUUGUGCAUAGUAUGGAUGCGCACCAUUUUUAUGAUUAUGGUGUGACUGGAAGCGAUUUGUCAUACUCUUCAUAUCCUACUAUUAGUUCUCUACCAAAUAGGCCGUCUGGAACCUCGAAAUUUGAUUCAGAAAAUUCGCCAAUUUCGCCACUUGCAAACUAUUUCGACUCUGAGACCUUUACCACAUUAAGUAAUUGCCAGGAGCAGCACAGCUCUACAGAAAAUCUUUCAGGAGCUAGUUCUUCCAGUAAUUCUUCGCUGGAUUAUAACAAUUAUUUCCAUCGUCCAAGCUCCUCCCCGGAUUGUCUUCCGGAAGGUCUGCUGGUUUUCUCUGGUGGAAAUGCUGUUCUUCAGAAUGCGGUUCACAGUCAGAACAUGCAACAUGCUCUGCUGCAGUUGGAGUCUGCUUUAAUGGGGCCAGACGAAGAAGUCACAAAAUCUAGCCCUUCUUAUGGUGGAAAUAGGGCGGCACAAACAUCAAAUCAGAGGUCUAGGGCGUGGACCAACGAAUCCAAGGUUUUGCAUCAAAAUGAAACUCAACGAUCACAAAUUUCCUUGUUCGCCAAGUCAGGCAAUGGAAUUCGAAGUCAGGAACAGAACAAAGUACUAGACAACUUGCCCUUGCAUGGUCUUCCCUCUAGCAAUCUGAAGCAGCUGCUUAUAGCAUGCGCCCGAGUUCUUGCUGACAACAAACUAGAUGAUUUUGAAGUACUGGUUACCAAGGCAAGGAGUACUGUGUCCAUUACUGGAGAUCCAAUCCAGCGUCUUGGUGCUUACAUUGUAGAAGGGCUAGUAGCAAGAAAGGAGUUAUCUGGAACCACCAUAUACAGGAGUUUGAGGUGCAAGGAACCGGCUGGAAAUGACUUGCUCUCCUACAUGCAUAUCCUCUAUGAAAUAUGUCCUUACCUAAAGUUUGGCUACAUGGCUGCAAAUGGUGCCAUAGCAGAAGCAUGCAGAAACGAAAAUUACGUCCACAUUAUUGACUUCCAAAUUGCACAGGGGACCCAGUGGAUGACUCUCUUACAAGCUCUUGCUGCAAGACCCGGCGGUGCCCCCUAUGUACGCAUUACAGGAAUUGAUGAUCCAGUUUCACAAUAUGCUCGGGGAGACGGAUUGGCAGCAGUGGAGAAACGACUAUCAGCAAUUUCUGAGAAAUUCAACAUUGCAGUAGAGUUUAAUGCAGUGCCAGUUUUUGCUCCAGAAGUCACUAAGGCUAUGCUUGAUGUAAGGCCUGGUGAGGCUGUGGCAGUAAACUUUCCUUUGCAACUUCAUCACACCCCUGAUGAGAGUGUUGACGUGAAUAACCCGAGGGAUGAGCUUAUUAGGAUGAUAAAGUCGCUUUGCCCCAAGAUAGUCACUUUGGUUGAGCAAGAAUCAAAUACAAACACGGCCCCAUUUUUCCCUAGGUUUUUAGAAGCUCUGGACUACUACCAUGCAAUGUUCGAGUCAAUAGAUGUGACCCUAGCGAGGGACAGGAAGGAGCGGAUCAAUGUGGAGCAGCAUUGUUUGGCU